CACGCUGGAGGAGCGAGUGGAUGUAUGUGUGUGACUUUCAUCUCAUCUUCUGGACGUCUUGCGGAGAAAGGAAUCACUUUGAUUGGCUGGAUUUUUGUGGAUAAUAAUGCAUAUAUGUGUUUUCUUUUUUUAACCAUGUCGUAUUAACUUCAUUGGAGUCAUGCAUUACUAUUUUGGAGCUUGUUUCUCAGUAGUGUUCUUAAUUUUGACGUUUUGGACUGAGGUGUGCCAGUCGUCGGGUUAUUUGGAGCUCCAGUUGAUCAGUGUGGAGAAUAACAGGGGUGAGCUCGCGAAUGGAAACUGCUGUGACGGCGCACGGAGCGCACGAGACGGUCUGUGCGACCGGGACGAAUGUGACACGUACUUAAGAGUGUGUCUAAAGGAAUACCAGUUGGAGGUCACCACAUCUGGCUUUUGUACGUACGGCACUGGAAGCUCGAGCGUGAUCGGAGGGAAUACGUUUCAGUUGAAAGGAUUCAAUGGAAACCCAAACAGGGCCAAUGACCUCGGGACCGUUAUCAUCCCCUUUCAGUUCGCCUGGCCGCGAGCGUACACUCUGAUCGUGGAGGCUUGGGACUGGGACAAUCAAACGAUCUCAGACAGCAGUGAUGAUCUGUUGAUCGAGAGGAGUGUUAAUCGUGGAGAAAUGAACCCUGGAGAGGAGCGACAGCUCAUUCAGCACAAGGGCCGAACAGCCAGCAUCCAGUACAGUGUGCGUGUGCGCUGCGACCGCCAUUACUACGGCAACAAGUGCAACAAACAGUGUCGCCCCCGAGACGAUUACUUUGGCCAUUACACGUGCGAUCAGUCCGGCAAUCAGCAGUGCAUGGAGGGCUGGACCGGACAAGAUUGCAAGAAAGCUAUCUGUAAGCAAGGCUGCAGUGAACUUCACGGAAGCUGUGACACUCCGGGAGAAUGUGUGUGUAAGUACGGCUGGCAGGGCCCACUGUGCGAUGAGUGUUUACUGUACCCGGGCUGUGUGCAUGGCACCUGUAUGAAACCCUGGACCUGCACCUGUGAGAAGAACUGGGGAGGACUUCUGUGUGACAAAGAUCUAAAUUACUGUGGCACACACAAGCCCUGUGUAAAUGGAGGCACGUGUCUGAAUACAGAGCCAGAUGAAUAUUUCUGCUCCUGCCCAGAGGGUUACUCUGGCAAAAACUGUCAAAUCGCCGAGCAUGCGUGCAUGUCAAACCCAUGUGCAAAUGGUGGGACAUGUCAUGAGCUGGUAUCAGGGUUUGAGUGCCAGUGUCCCCCAGGGUGGGAUGGCCCAACUUGUGCUAAAGACAAAGAUGAGUGCAUGUCAAACCCGUGCGCUCAUGGGGGGACCUGCUUUGAUCUGGAGCAUGGCUUUGAAUGUUUAUGCCUCCCACAGUGGACUGGCAAGACCUGCCAGAUAGAUGUGAAUGAGUGUACAAGGAGACCUUGUCUAAAUGCUUACGCUUGUAAAAAUCUAAUUGGUGGAUAUCACUGCAACUGCUACCCGGGCUGGGCGGGACCGAACUGUAAUAUCAAUUUCAACAGCUGUUACGGUCAGUGUCAGAAUGGAGGAACCUGUCAGGAUGGUCGUCAUGGUUACGUGUGCCAGUGCCAGCCGGGCUUCAUGGGAAGACACUGCGAAGUGCAGCAAAGCAGGUGUGCCAGCUCCCCUUGCCAAAAUGGUGGACGCUGCCGUUCGCUGGCCACUGGUUAUGAGUGUGAGUGUCUGUAUGGAUACACCGGAACCAACUGUGAGCUGCAGGUGGAUCUAUGCAGUCCAAACCCGUGUCAGAAUAAAGGCCAGUGUCACUCUAUGCAGGGAGAUUUUUACUGCGCCUGCGCAGAUGAAUAUGAGGGGAAGACAUGUAGUCAGCUGCGAGACCAUUGCAAAAUCAGCACCUGCCAAGUGAUUGACAGUUGUACUAUUGCCGUGACAACUAAUGGCACAGCAAAAGCAGUUUGGCACAUCUUAUCAAAUGUGUGUGGUCCUCACGGGCGCUGCAUCAGUCAGUCAGGAGGAAACUUCACCUGUGCCUGCCAACCAGGAUUCACUGGGACAUACUGUCAUGAGAAUAUAAAUGACUGUGCAUCAUCUCCUUGUCAGAAUGGAGGAACAUGCAUUGAUGACAUUGACUCCUUUCGCUGUGUCUGUCCUGAUGGCUUUGAUGGGCAACUCUGUGAGCUGGAGGUGAAUGAGUGUAGCGGUGAGCCUUGUCUAAAUGGAGGUAUGUGCAUCGAUCUGCUGAAUGAUUUCUACUGUCGCUGCACUGACAACUGGAAAGGAAAGACGUGUAACUCGCGAGACAAUCAGUGUGAUUCCAGUACAUGCUCUAAUGGAGGAACAUGCUAUGAUCAUGGCGACUCAUUCCGAUGUGCGUGUCCCUCUGGUUGGGGUGGCAGUACCUGUAACACAGCCAUGAACAGCUCCUGUGAAUCUGGUCCGUGUCUAAAUGGCGGGACUUGUAUUGGAGGGGGCAGCAUCUUCACCUGCAUCUGUAAGGAUGGAUGGGAUGGGCCUACCUGUGCUCAAGAUGUUGAUGACUGCAACCCUCAUCCAUGUUAUAAUGGGGGACAGUGUGUGGAUGGGGUCAACUGGUUUCGCUGUGAGUGUGCACCUGGAUUUGCAGGACCUGACUGUCGCAUCAACAUAGAUGAGUGUCAGUCCUCUCCCUGUUCGUAUGGAGCCACAUGUGCGGAUGAGAUUAAUGGAUAUCGCUGUCUUUGCCCCAUGGGACGAGCUGGACCACGCUGCCAGGAGUUUAUUGGCGUUGGAAAGGCAUGCGAUCGCUCUGGGUUGCAGGUUCAUCAUGGUGAUCGUUGGGAGGAUGGGUGCAACAGCUGUCAGUGCAUGAACGGAAACAUCAGAUGCACUAAAGUGCAUUGUGGUCGUCAGCCCUGCUUGUUGCAGUCAGACUCUGGUGAGCUACAGCGUCCUGUGUGUUCACUUGGACUGGAGUGUGUAGAGCAUCAUUUCCUGUCUUGCCUUCAUCCACCAUGCAAUCAUCUGGGUGUAUGCUCCACUCGUGAACAUCUACAGCCCUUCAGCACUCCGUGCCUACCCAACAAUGGCUACCUAGAUGACAACUGUGCUCGAGUCACGCUUGUAUUUGACUCUGACAGUGUCCCGCAGGGCACUACUGCUGAAGGUGUCUGCACACAGCUAACGUAUCUGCCAAUCACACGAACCCUGGCCAAAGACCACUCCCUCUACAUUCUUUGUGACCAAUCACCUUCCAGCCAAAAUGCAGUGGAGGUUGCUAUGUCAUAUGAGCAAAACACCGUUGUUGAGGGACGAGCUCAGAUACAGGAUGUUGUCCACUCCAUCAUUGAUGUUCUGUCCAAACCUCACAACAGCACGUUACUGUUGGCUGUGAGAGAGGUCAGAGUUGACACUCAGGACCCGCGUCCUCAAGUCGGUUACCUCAUCCCAUUGCUGUGUGUGCUGUUUGUGGUAUUAUGGAUCUCAUGUGUCAUCAUCUGCGUGUGGUGGUUCAGAAGACGCAGGAAAGCUAGACAAAGAGAGGACACGCAGAUGGAGGAGAGCAUCAACAACCAGCGCGGGACACUACUGAGCACUCGCAUGCCUCACAAAGACAACACAGACCCGCUGCAGGAGAACAAGAACCUGUUUUACCCUCUGGAUCGGGUUGGAGACGGAGCUGAGCGAGAGGAAGAGGAGGAAGAGGGAGAUGAAGAGAGCGACAGAGGGCUGGUUCUGCAUAAGUGCUCAUCUCUUGAGUACACUAAAGGGGACGCAGUGUACACUAUUCACACUACAGCCCAAAAUCAGCCAAACAGGACACACUACAGCAGCAAAGAAAACUGCUGCAAGAACAAUGUGAACGAGAGUUUAAGCGAGCACAUGAAAGAUCAUUACGUAUGAAAGAACCAGACAAACAAGAAAAA